CCGACAUCUUUGUCUAAAAUUUCGACCAACUGUCAAUAUGGUCUUACUUACAAUUUGUUGGGGAAAGCAAGGCAUGGCAAACUCUCUUCAGUUCAACUUAGGAACCUGAAAGUCGAUGGAUCUGUUCAAUCAUAUUGUCCUUAUUCUUAUCCAACAGUUUUAGAUUGAGAGAUGUUUGGCACAUUGCGAUUGCAUAAGAAGUGAAAGAGGUAGCCUAUGUAUUGUUUGGGAGCGUCGUUUGAAGGGCGUACGAGAAAACCCAAAUUCGUGGGUACUAUUCAUCACUCUAGAAGUCCAAUUUCGAAAGCUCAAAUCAGAAAACUUCCUUCAUCAAAGUUGUUCAUAUGCUCGAUUAGUCUAUCACAUAUCAAAAAAUGAGCAUCAUCAGACCUGUCUAGCUACCUCAAACCGGCUAUGACAUUUCUGUGUUCAUCCAUGAAAUGAAUCAGUUUCCCAGUUUGAGCUCAAAGGCGCAAAAGGCAAGUCAAGCUUAAACUUUGGAUUCCAGGAGACAGGAACCUGAAAUUGGAAUUUACAUGUGAAAGAGUGACUGAUCAAAACGAAUAGCAAUGGCAGAGUUUGUGGAGCUUGUUGCCUCUCUCAUUGGUUGUCUGCAGAAAUCAACCUGUUUAGGCACUCCCCUUGAAGAGAAAUAUAAAUAUUUUGCAAAACGCAAAGAAUAUCUAGAGACUUUAAAAAAUGACAUGGCCCUUUUGAAAAGCCGAAGGUGUGAAGUAGAGAGAGAAUCUGAGGAGAAGGUGGUGAGCAAGCCUUACAAAAUCUCCGACUGGUUAGAAAGGUCAAAUGACUUCAUAACUGAAACUAAUGAGUUGAAUUUUGAGGACACAAUAAGUGGGAAUUGGUGUGGUUUCCCAAACUAUUAUCGUUCACAGUAUAAAGCUGGGAAAUCCAUCCUCGGCAGAAUUGAAAAGGUAAAUUUACUGAAAGAGGAGGGCACAGAUUUGUUUAAUGUGGAAGAAGACUUUGUGGUGGGAUAUAUACAGAAGAACACAAAAGAACUGGUGGGCAAGACAGCAAGUGCUUUUGAGAAGAUUAUGAAGUGCGUUUCAGAAAAGGAGGUUGGAAUCAUAUGUGUUUAUGGGAUGUCUGGUUCGGGAAAGACUGAAGUUUUAAAGGAAGUCAAUAACCAAAUAUUGAAACAGUACAAAAGUUGUAACUCAGAAGAUGGCAGAGAUGGGAAUAUCACAGCCCAAUUUGAGAAAGUUAUUUGGUUGACUGUAGAGAAUAUUGGACCACCUGAGGCAGCCAUUGCUGCCCUGCAGAAGGGCAUCCAAAAAGAAUUACAACUUGACGACCACAGUGCUGGGAACAGAGCAGACAAGUUGGACAGUGCGUUGAGGAAGAGAAGAUUUCUGAUCGUUUUGGAUGAUAUGCGGAAGGAGUUGUCUCUCGAGCAUAUUGGGAUUCCAUGGCAAACAAACAAUGGCUCCAAGGUUAUAAUCGUUUCAAAAUCACGUCCAGUGUGCAGGGACAUCACAUUUGAUAGAGAGGUCGAAAUCGAACUUGGAUCAGACGAAGAAGCACUCAAGUUGUUCGAGGUUGAAGCUGGCAUUGGAUUUUCUGCACUAAGGGAAGAUACUCGAGCGGCCGCGGAAAACAUGGUACGCGAGUGUGAUGGUCUGCCCGUGGCGAUUGCUGGUCUGGCUCAAACCUUGAAAGAAAUAAUAAAAUUGGAUCCUAGCGAUGUCGAUGUCGAUGUCGAUGCAGAAUGGAAUGGAGCAUUUUAUAAGUUGAGAAAUUCUAGUGUUCUCUUGGAAAAAAAGAAUAGGAAGGCAUUUGCCCGCCUGUUAUAUAGCUACUCCAUGUUGAAGAAAGAAGCUCAGCAGUGCUUCCUGUACUGUGCAUUAUACCCACCUGGUCAUUGCAUUGAAAAGAAAGAGUUAGUGGAGCACUGGUUUUGGGAAGGUUUAUUGAGUAGCAGAGAAAGAAUUAAGGGGCAGCUGAUAGAAGAUACGACAUAUGCAAGAGAGAUACUGGAUGAGAUCAAAGGAGCUUACCUUCUGGAAGCAGUUAGUGAAGGUGGAAAAGAAUGCAUCAAGAUGCGCAACUUAGUUAGGCAUAUGGCAAUCCAUCUGACCAAAACAAUCCCCGAUUAUGAUCAGUUUCUCAUCGAAGCCGGGGUGAAGCUUACCGACUGCCCGCUGAUAGGGAGGAACUUGUCUAAAGUAGAGAGAGCCUCAUUGAUGAAAAGUCAGCUUAAAGCACUUACAAAAAAACCCAAGUUUUACAAGCUAUCCACGUUACUUCUGCAGCACAACCCCAUCUCUCACUUUGAUGACGAUUUCUUCCGUAAUAUGCCUAACCUCAAAGUUCUUAACCUUUCUCAUACCAAUAUCUCUACCCUUCCAAAGUCAGCCUCUUCUUACUUGACAAAACUAAGGGCACUCGUCUUGCGCGGUUGUUGCAACUUAACAUCUCUGCCUUCUUUAGCAAACUCCGAGGAACUACUUGUUCUGGACCUUUCUCAUACUCCCAUAACAGAAUUACCUGAUGGCAUGAAGAAACUAACCAAGCUUAUUCGCCUCGACCUGUCCUGUACCAAUGUGGGAGAAUUUCAAGCUGAAUUAGUGCGUGAGUUAAAAAAUCUGGAAGAACUCUACUUGAUAACCAAUGACUCUGCAGGUUCUCUGUGGGGAUCAGAGAAAGAAGCAAGUAGUUUGUGGGGAUCAGAGAAAGCAGCUAGUUGUAUUCAGGAGCUGGGAGCCCUUCAGCAUUUAGCUAUUCUUCAUAUCAACUUCCUAGAUGCAAAAGCCUUCAACACAUAUGUGGAUUCGAAGGAUCAUUCUCUAUCCAAAUUCAAAUUCUCCGUGGGUGGUUCUUGGGAUAAAACAAAGUUACCUGAAAACAGCAUUGUUUUCAUCAAAAGUGACUUUCUUGUGAGUGGAAAACCAGUGUCACUCCCAGAAGACACCUCUGAGCUGCAUGUAAUGAGCAACAAGGAUCUAUAUUGGUUGCCUAUUAGUGGUCGACGUUGUCUAGACAGCCUGAAGGUCAUAGAUAUAUCUGGCUGCGAAAGUUUGGUCUAUUUAUUCGAGAGGAACGUGUCACACAACCUUCCAAACCUCGAAAAAAUUUCGGUUAAAAAUUGUCAGAAGAUGGAGGCCUUGAUAUCAAAAGAAGACCCUUUGCCAUUUGCACUUUGUUUGAAUAAAUUAAAGGUCAUCCAUAUCUCAGACUGUGAAAAUUUGGGCUACUUAUUCAGGAUUGGGAUGGAUUCUUGUCAGUAUACCUCUGGCCAAAAAAAGAUUUACUCAACCUGCUUCCCAAACCUCCAAGAGGUAUUCAUUACACGACGCUGGAGGAUGAAAAUGGAUAAAGAGUCAAAAGAACCCAAUCCUGCUGUUCAUCCAAGACCAACGGACCUUGUGUUGGUUGAUCCACUUGAAUUGAAGAAAUAUUAUGAUUUUGAAAAGAAAGAUAACCCUGAGGAACACAUUUGGUACUUUCCUGAUCUAAAGAUGCAGAUCAUAACUUCUCUUCCUGAAGAACUGCUACCUCGGCCACGUAGCAGCAAUCAGAUUAAAAGGAGUCGGAGCACUGACUCUAUAGAGAAGCUAGCAGCCAGUACAGAUCGUAUGCUUUUAUUAAGCCAUCUUCUGAACUCUAUUUUAUUUCUUUCUCGUGUUCAUGAUUGAUUCAACUCCACCAGAUUGACAUGUUAGCUUCGGUUUAUUUUGUUCCUUGUUAGCCAGACUAUAAAAUUGCUAGGAAAAAGUGUAGUGAUUAGACCUGCCAAUGGAUCAGAUUUUGAUCCUAAUUCGAUCCGAAUCCGGUGUACUUAAUUGGAGAUGAAUUGUACUUUUCAAUCCGAUAAUCCGAUUACAACUCGAAUAUGGUAAUCCGAAUAUAGAUAAAUCUGGAUAUGGAUUAUAGUUUA